AAUGUCAAUAGUUGUAUGGUACCGUAUCGCCGCCAUUUUGGAACCAGUUGUUUUCACGAGGAGGUUGGUAGAUAUUUUUUUAAAGAACUCUCAACCCCCUUCCUAGUGGUGCAGUUUGAGGAUAAAAAGGAAAGAUAUAUAACAGACUUGGGAGAAGUUACAACACCUGAAGAUGAGCCGGUUACGUGGGAGGGGGUUAAGGAGAAGAUGCCAGUUGCUGCCUUGUGGCCAGAUACCGGUUGUUUUUAUGAUGCCACCAUCACCAGUGUGGUACUCCAAGAAUCUCCAUCCAAGAGGACCAAGAAGACCAGGCUAGCAUCAGCCAAGUCACAGACUAGUGUUCUGAAGGCGGCAAAGAAAAAUCAGCAGGAACUUCGCUCCAGACUUGCUAACCAGAGGGCAAAAUCUUUGUUCACUAGCAGAGCACUCCAGCCUUCCCCAUCCAGUAACUCGCAUCAGCCUCCUUCCCCAUCCACUAACUCGCAUCAGCCUCCUUCCCCAUCCACUAACUCGCAUCAGCCUCCUUCCCCAUCCAAUAACUCGCAUCAGACUCCUUCCCCGUCCACUAACUCGCAUCAGACUCCUUCCCCGUCCACUAACUCGCAUCAACCUUCCCCGUCCACUAACUCGCAUCAUCCUUCCCCGUCCACUAACUCGCAUCAACCUUCCCCGUCCACUAACUCGCAUCAACCUUCCCCAUCAAGUAACUCCAUCUGGCCUUCCCAGUUGCUUCACUCAUCUCUGCCUUCUCGCUCACAUCAACCUUCCCAGCCUUCCCAGUCACUGCACUCUCCUCAGCCUUCAAACCACUACCACAGUUCUCCCCAGCCUUUACAACCCCCCCUUGCAUUUCCUAACCAGCCUUACCUACCCCAGUCUUCCCCAGCCUUGCUGACCCAACACCCCAGCGCACAACAAUGGCCUAUCACAACCCGCAACCCUUAUCACCAUGUAUGGCAACAGUCCCCCACCCCUCAACUAACUGCCCAAGAACCUGGCGCAUUUACGGCUCUGCUAAGAAGCUGUGAAGAUUGCCCUUUGAAAGAAGUGCUGAUACAAACGCUACAAACCGAGCUAAACCUUUGGAGGGACCGAGCCCUGAAGGCCGAAGAAGAAGUUCGUGAACUUCAGACGAAUGUGCCAGACACCACAACCAAGCCGCCAACGUACAAGCCCCUCCGAGGCGUACAAGUGCCAAGAUGCCAUUAUGUACAGCUCAGGGGAGAUGACAAGCUGCCAUCAGGUUAUCAACUACUGACUCAAGGGGCCAGCCUGGCUGUUCCCAUCACAUGGUAUGCCCAUGUGAUGUCAAAGUCUUGCAAUGUUGGGGAUAGUGGGAAACUAAAGCGCUUCAUGGAUGGAUUCUUUGAACCCUCUGACGUUGGACAAGGCACUGCCGCAAUGUUUAAAAGAAAACAUGCCCUUGUAUUGCAGGCUCUAGAGAUUUUUGCCACUGAGAGGCUCAAGUUGCUUCCAAAUCAGUUUUCUGAUGCACUUAGCAAGAAGAUUUGUACCUUGAGAAAUGCUUUCAGGCGAAUGAGCCAGGCCCCUUGAAGUGUCUGCUUGUUGUGAAGAUCCGGGGUAGUCUUCAGAAACCCAUGCUUGCCGUAAAUGGUGGCACGUGGCUCGUACCGUACUGUUGGUGGUACUAAUGCGGUGGUACUUCCUCCACCGAAACUGUCUGGAGGGCAACAUCAUUCCAUGCUGACCAGCUCAUCACUUGGAAAGCAGGAAACAGGAUCACCCAGCUAAACACCUCGCCAACGUUGGCGAAGCUGCUGCUUAUGAAAUGAACACUGUGAAAGUUACAAAUGUCAGUCUAAAAUCUAUUUGCUGAAAGAAAAACACUUUCAUCACACAAAGUGAGAACAUUCUGCGAACUUCAAAUAAAGAGAACACCAUG